UCCAACAAUCCAACACACAGAAAAAUAUACUGUUUUUAUUUUUAUUUUUAACGUUUAACCAAAAAGAAUAAUAAUUCUAUCCUCCUCUCAGUCCUCUCAAAUAAUAUCUGUGAGCCUUAACGCUAACAUGCGCCGGGCUCUCUCCUCCACCACCGCCACAACCACCGCCACCGCCAACGUCGAUUUAUUGCUCUAGGGUUUUCUUUUGGUGGGCCCACAAUAUUCUGAUCCAAUUCAUUUAAAAGAAUAACAAAGCAAACCCUUAGUCCUUCAAAAAAUGGGUCUUUUAAGUGUUUGGGCAGCUGGGUUUGUGGUUUUAUUGAUGGUCUUUGAAGGGCUGGCCUCGCCGGAGACUAGGACGAUGUCGUUUCGUUCAGUUUGCCCCUUGAAAUCCCUUAAAGAUUCAAUCUUUAUGGGGUUUCAUCAAGAUUUGGCAUGCCCAUUAGAUGGGAUCCAAUCUUCUUAUAUGGCUGGAGUUAUUCAGGGAGAUGAACUGUCAUUGCAGAGGGCACUAAAUAUGAUCCACCGGAAUACACAUGAUUAUGUUGCUUUGCUUUUCUAUGCAUCCUGGUGUCCUUUCUCUGGAAGUUGUAGGCCAAAAUUUUCUGUCCUGUCUUCUUUGUUUCCUUCAAUUCCCCAUUUCGCAAUUGAAGAGUCAGCUGUUAAGCCAAGCACUCUCUCAAAGUAUGGAGUUCAUGGGUUUCCCACUCUCUUCCUUUUAAACUCAACAAUGCGCAUACGGUAUCAUGGCUCUCGCACCCUUGAUUCACUGAUUGAAUUCUACAGUGGCACUACUGGUUUUCAGAUUGCUUCAGUGGAUGACACUUCUCUUGGCAAGACUAGAUGCUCCUCUAAUCAUUUGAAAUUGCACGGCAGUGACCAGGAAAACUGUCCAUUCUCCUGGGCCAGAUCUCCUGAAAACCUUCUUCAGCAGGAAACUUAUUUGGCCUUGGCCACUGCAUUUGUGCUAAUGAGACUGCUUUAUAAGUUAUUUCCAGCUUUACGAAAGAUUGCUCAUUUCAGCUGGGAAAGGUCCAAUUUACAUAUAAGAAUAAGAAGCUUGUGGGAGCUUCCUCUGCUCUAUCUGAACCGAGCAAUACAGUUAUGUAAUUCACUGCAGGAGCCAUGCAAGAGAAGCAACUUGCAGGAAGGAGCUAUGAACGCCAAGGCAUGGGCUUCCAAGUCUUUAGCUUCUGUUUCAUUUGGAGAGUCGAGCACUAGCCGGGUGGUACCGUUAAGCUCUACUAACUGAUUCAUUUGAUGGCCAAUAUCUAAAAUCAUAAUGCUCUUUGAGAAUUAUUUUAGCCACCGUCAUUGUGGUUGGUGUUAUCUGAUUGGGGCAGCGCUGUGCAACGUCGAGCAUUCGGAACAAUCUGCUUCAAUUUCAUGUAAUGUAGAUUAGAAUUUUUUCCCUCACCGUCAGGAAAAUAAUGUAUUAAAUUUGUAUAUAGCUUUAACUAAUAGGCAGAACUUUUGAAUUCAGAUCUGUGUUUGUGUAGUCCAGACGCUAUCUAGUUCCAUUUGUAUGCUAAUUUUGACUUGAAUUAGACUCUUUGCGAACAAAAGUCAGGUAAGCGAUCUAAGUUCAGAACAUGGUUUUGCUUUCUA